UCCGUCAGUGGAUGCGUCAAUUCCCCAUCACAGUAGUAUUAUCGUGUUUUACAAUUUAUUAAUUUUUUGAAUGAGAAUCAUUUGUUUAUAUGAAAAUGGGAGGCACAGGUAAAAUGAGAAUAUUACAUUAAUCGUCGAAAUCACAAAUGGCUGCGGAGUCGCUCUUAAAAACUGCAAGGCACUCUAAAUACACGUCGUAUAGGAAAAUUUUGUAUCAUAGAUUUUUCGUGGGCCUACUUUUGUUUAUAGUGGUGUCUCUAGUGUUUACUGUGGUGUUCAACGCGCUCAGUGGCAGCGCCCCGCGGACGAACGUGUUUUUGCCGGUGAAUUUGGAAUCCAGAAGCGAAGUACAGAGGUUGGAAGAUGACGCGCCUUAUACGCAACCUCGUCUCGGGAAUUGUACAUAUUGGGAGUGCUUCGACGUGUACAAAUGCGGCAGAGGAGGCCACGACAAGAUAACCAUUUAUAUAUAUCCAUUGAAAAACUAUCAGACUGCUAAAGGGAAUUCUGUAUCACAUUUUUCUAGAGAAUUUUAUAUGAUAUUAGAUACAAUAAAACAUAGUAAAUACUAUACGCCGAACCCAGAGGAGGCGUGCCUACUAGUCCCCAGCAUAGAUUUGUUAAAUCAAGCUAGUUUUUCUAGUAAACAUGUGUCACAAGCACUCCAGUCACUUGAAUAUUGGAACAAUGGCGAAAAUCACCUAAUCUUCAAUAUGGUGCCGGGAACAGCGCCAAAUUACAACACCGUUAUAGACCUCAACACAUCCAAAGCCAUUAUAGCAGGAGCUGGCUUUAACACGUGGACAUUUCGCUACGGAUUUGAUGUCUCAAUACCAGUUUAUAGUCGUGUCGCCGAGAAUAUAGACAGCACGCAACCGAAACAAAAGAAUUACUUGAUAAUAUCAGCGCAGUUGAACAUACCGACGAACUAUCUGGAGGAUCUGCAGAGUAUAGCUUCGUCGUCCAAUGAUCUCUUACUACUAGAUAAGUGUAAAGAUGAUGUAAGAACAGAUUAUAGUAAACGAUGCGAAUAUACUACUGGGAGAGAGUUCAAAUAUCCAGACGUGUUAAAGGAAGGUCUGUUUUGCUUGAUGGUCCGAAGUGCAAGACUGACGCAAGCAAUACUCAUGGAUAUAAUAGCAUCGCAGUGUAUUCCUAUAGUGAUCUCUGACUCCGUAGUGAUGCCUUUCAACUCGCACGUGGACUGGCAUCGAAUAGCAAUGGUGAUACCAGAGGAUAACAUAAGAAAUUUGUUGAAAAUAGUCCAUUCUGUUAGUAAAGAGAGACGGGGGGAGUUGUACUGGCAGUUGAGAUGGGUGUAUGAGAAAUACUUCGCGAGUAUAGAGAAGAUCACACUGACCACGCUAGAGAUCAUUAAUGAGAAGGUGUUUCCGCUGGUUGCGAGGAUGUACGAGGAUUGGAACAUGCCUGAACAUUUGUACGGGCCAGUGAAUCCACUAUUCCUGCCGGUGACUGCGUCAAAGUCUCCAGGCUUCACGGCAGUCAUCCUCACGUACGACAGAGUCGAGAGCCUGUUCACGCUGAUCCGCAAGCUGGUGCGAACGCCGAGUCUAGCCAAGAUUCUCGUCGUGUGGAACAACCAGAGGAAGGCACCGCCGCCAUCGUCGGAGUGGCCGGUGAUUAACAAGCCGCUGAAGGUGAUCCGGACCUCGGAGAACAAGCUCUCCAACAGAUUCUAUCCGUACGACGACAUCGAGACAGAGUGCCAGCUGACCAUAGACGACGACAUCGUUAUGCUCACGCCCGACGAGUUGGAGUUUGGUUUCGACGUGUGGCGCGAAUUUCCCGACCGCAUAGUGGGGUUUCCGUCCAGACUGCACGUGUGGGACAACGUGACCAACUCGUGGCGGUACCACAGCGAGUGGACCAACCAGAUAUCUAUGGUGCUGACUGGCGCCGCGUUCCACCACAAGAUAUGGUCGUGGUACUACACGCAUCGCAUGCCGGCGGCGGUGCGUCAGUGGGUCGACGACGCUUUCAACUGCGAGGACAUUGCGAUGAACUUCCUAGUCGCCAAUGUCACCAGGAAACCGCCUAUUAAGGUAACGCCGCGAAAAAAGUUCAAAUGUCCGGAAUGUACGAACACCGAGAUGUUAUCGGCGGACGCGCGCCACAUGUCGCAGCGGUCGGCCUGCAUCGACCGCUUCACCACAAUAUUCGGCCACAUGGCGUUACAAGCCGUCGAAUUCCGGGCGGACCCCCUCCAGUACCGGGAAACCGGUUCCGGAGUGCCGCACGCUUACCCGGACAUUGGCGCGUUGUAAUGGAUUGGUUUGGGCUCUCUUAUGAUUAGGGUUUGAGUUCCGGAAUUUUUGUACCGGAAUAUUAAUUUCCGGUAUAACGGCUCCCUAUUGUAAACAAUUAUUUCUAUUUCAUAAGGUGGAAGACAGUACGUAAUUAUUGGGGCAAUUAAAAAAAUUUCCGUACCGGAAAAAAAUAUCGGAAAAAUUAAGUCAAUAAUGAUGCAGUGUUAUUAGUAUAAGAGGGCCCUUAACUAUGGAACUGAGGUAAAGGUAUGGACAAUAACAAUUUAGUAUGAAGGCUGUAAUAACGAUGGGUAUAUCGUCCCCAAUACCAGGGUAUGUAGAAUAAAUGACAUUGUUAAUUAUUUACAAUACUGACAAAUUGUGUGGAUUUUUAUGGUGGCCAAUUUUAUUCAAUAAUAAUAGACAUUGUUAGAUGUGAAUUUUGUAUAGAAUCCAAUUUAAAUGUUUUUUUUUUCCCGGCGGAAUAGGCUAAGGUAUCGUGAACUGUUCAGCCUCUUGUUUUUAUGUUAAUUUAGUUUCAUAUGUUAUCAAAUAAAUCUACGCUUAUUUUUUAAAUUUUUACGAACAAAUGAGAACAAAAUGUAAUGACAAAAAAUACUUGUAAAUUUUUUAUAAACAUUGCAGGCGUGAGUAAAAAUGUAAUUAUGACAUCAUGUGCACUCGACAAAUACUCUAUUUAUCAUGAAUUUAUUACAAUAACAAAAACAUUGCUCAACAACACAUUUCAAGUGUCGCUAUUUUAUUAUCUAUGACUUAAUAAUAUACAAAUAUAUUAAAGAGCAAUUAGAAUUUGAAGAAGUCGGUUAAAUAUUAACAAAAAAAUAUAUGUACACCAUCAAAGUUCCACACAAUUUGCUCGAUAAACGAAAAUUCCGACAUACGCCACAAUUAUUUGCCAACAUCUUACAGUGACGGAAAAUCCGUCAGCCUCUUGUAACUAGAUCUCACUUUACUUAACUGUGCCAUGUUAUACACCCUCGAUAUAGUAAUAGUCAUUUAAAGCGGAAUUUUCCGUCACUGUACGCUCACAAUCAAAAGUGCUUACCCAUAAUGAUAUACCCACACUGGUUUUAAUGUGAACAGUUUGUUUUUGAGCUUAAGAAUGCCUUGGGGAAUUAUUUAUAGAUUUUUAUACAUAAGCAUUCGUUUGUGAAACGCGAUUGUUUGACUGAAGUUGCUCGAUUGUACGCACUCACUAUGUUAAGGAUUUGUUCCAAUGUUCGGUUAUCCACUUCCAAAUGUUUGACCCAAACAUAUCUGUUUUGCCUCUUCGGUGCGACAUGAUAUUACUAGUGUGUUGGUAAUUGCGUGGUGGUCGAUGGUAACGUUGGAAUAUAAGCAAAUAGAAAAUAUAAUUGUUUUUGUAAGUAAAUGACGGGUAAAGUGUAUUGUAUAUGAGUGUAAUAAGUCAAUGAGGCAUCGGUUUGCUGUUUUAAAUCGAUAGAAUUCGAUAGUUGGCGUAUAUGGCCGAAGAGGAUUUUUAAAAUCGAUUAAACUGUGACAAAUAUCGUUUAGAUUUAAAGUAUCGCUAAAUAGCUCAAAUAAUUUUAGAUCGAGGCUUUCACAUGACAUAAUAAUUUUAAGUUAUGUUAUGCGUGGACUUUAAAUCUAAACGUAUGUAAUUGUACUUGCCAUUCCCACGACAGUAGAAACGUAUCAGUUCUACGACAAUAAGUUUCUAGUUUUAUGGACCCUGAUUACUUUCAUGUCAAUUCUUAAAUCUAAAAUUCGUCGUUGAUUUUGGCAAAAAGUGUACAUGAGCGUAACAUUCCUAUAACAGUAUUUUAAUAGAUUUGCAAUGUAAGCUUAUGUCGCUUUUGAGCGUCAGAUAAUGGGUGUCUUAAAAAUCUGUGACAGCGCAUAUCGGCAUGCAAAUAUCUUCGUUAUUAUUUAAAAAUUUAAAUUAAAUAAACAGGUAAAAUAAUAUUUAAAAAAAAUUAUCGCAUAAAGAUUUUAUAUGCGAUUGUACACUUUUUGUUUGUAAAAUCAGAAUGAAUUUUUAAAAAUAUGUACCUAAUGAUAAAGAUGCCAUCUGUCCCUAGGUGUGUAAAGCAAUGAUAUUCUAAAGUGUUAGUGAAGGUAUAUUAGUAAGUUUUAGUAAAAUAAAGGCUCGCGCAGGAUCUGCCGCGGCGGCGCGUGGACAUGCUGACUAUAACCCGACUUAACAAAGCGAGGUUUGGAUUAGCAAGAAAAAAGUGUUAAAACCCGCCAUAGUGGCUCACGUAAGUGUGUCGCAGUCCGGGAUCAGCCUGUGUAUAUUCGGUUCCAACAGCCAUAAUUAUGUCGACUGUCGAGGGGUAAUCAGCUCUCGUCAGUCGACAUUCUAUUGAACACCACUUCACUUACAAUCAGGUGGAUUGAGGUCACUUUGGCGUGCACGUAUAAAAAAAAACUAUAAAAUUAAAGGCAAACCUUUCGCUAUAAAUAUUGGCAAGUCGACUAGGCCAGCGUAUUCUAAGGUAAACCUUCUCAGUUGAUGCCGGUGUCUAAUAAUAAUGAAUAAGAUAGAAUGGAUACUUCUAUCUUAUUCAUUAUUUAAGAUGCUGUAUUGUGCAUUAUGAGAUUAACAACGAAUAUUGUAAUCUCAACUUGGUCUGUUGUUAAUGUGGUUUACCAGGCAAGCGACUUGUUCUUUUGUCAAUCAGUCGUAGAUUUUUUUAUUACCCAUCUAACGAUCGCUUUUAAUAAACGAUCCCAAUCUCAAUCUUCAAUUCCGAGAUUGAACCAAUCAAAAUUAAUUUGUAAGCGUCAAACAAACUGUUCUGAUUGGUCCAUUUUUGAGAUCGAAAAAAGCGAUUGGGAUCGUUCAUUGUAAAAGGCGGUGAGUCAGCAUAUUUACGCGUCGGCUCGACGCAACGCGCCAGCUUAUAGUCCAUCACGACAUAUCGGUGCUUGAGCGAAGUUUGAAAUUAUUCCUAAAUAAAUAUAACUUGUAGAUAUUUAUUUUAUUAUGUAUAGAUGAACGCACCAUUGCGACGUAGUGAGAUAUAGAUAUAGAUCGAUGUAUUUAAUGUUUUAUCGUCUGAAGGAAAAAUAUUGAAGUGUUUUUUCUUAGCAUUGAAGCACUAAAAUUAGGGUAUUAGCAAGGAAUGCCAAAAUACAAUUUAUUUAGUUGUAACUGUCUUUUAAAAAAAAUCAAAACCUAAUAUAAAAUAAUGUUUUUUUAUGUAUUUUAAUGAUUUUUUUGUACUUUGUAUCAAAUUGUUCAUUAAUAUCGGCCAAACCGCUCGUAUCAACUUUCCUGUGAAAUACUGAGUAGUCGUCAAAAGAGGUUCGUAAAAACACGUCCAUAUACAUUUUCAUGAUAUAAAUAUCAAUUCAGUAUUCUUUCUUUGGACGCUAGUUUAAAUAGUAGAUUGUAAUCGCAUUCGCCCGCGCCCAACCGAUGGUCAAUGAAUGGACUUUUGUCUCAGUAGUUUAGGUGUAAAGUUCGCGUAAUGGCGCGGGUGAGUGUGGUCUACGUUAAGUGUAAUUUUUGUAAGGUUUCAUUGCCCCAUUGAAGGUAUAGUUCACACAUUGACCGUGCCCUCAAUUUGCGAUAUCAAAAGAUACAUUUCAGUGGAUUAUUUUGGUGUAACUUUAUUGUUACUACUCGACAUAAUGAGACUUAACAUCUCAUGUCUCAGGACGAGCGCCGUGGAAUACCAAACAAUACUUAGUAUUUCAAGGUGUUGGAUGGUGUUUCUACUGUUUAUGGGUGGUCGUAUCGCUUACAAUCAGACGGGAAGCUCGUCUCAUCAGUUAAAGCAAUAAAAAAAAACAAUUUAAUUGAUAUAUUCAGAAUUAUAGAGAUGUGAAUGAUUUUUUUUUUGUUUAAAACUCUAAGGAACAAAAUUCGCAUAUUCAAAUAUUUUUUUCUCGUAUUUAUAUAUAACAUUUAAAAUUUUAACAUUUAAAAAAUAUUUAUAUAACAUUUAAAAAAACGAUGUCUAGGUAUCGAUUAGUGUGUGAAUUAACUUUAGAAGUCUAGUGCCGAUAUUAUUUCAGUUUUAAUAGUACCAAUGAAUUGUACUUUUAUACGUUUUUUUUUAAUGAAUUAAGUACACUUUUAUAGGAAACGCAAUGAAAUAUAUUUAUUUAAACUUAUUGCACGAUUCAAAUCUAUAAUAUUUUUGUUAAAUUAGAUAUUAAUAAAUAUUGUCCUUUACAAUUAUAUUAAAAUUUAGGUGUCGCUCUUAUACUACCAAAAGUAUUGUAAAAAUACGAUAACGAAAAAAUUUUUUUUUUUUUGUAAUCAAUUUCUAUUUCUAUCAAUUCAAAAAAUAUUUGACAAUUCUUUUAUCUAGUAACACUAACACACUACGUGGCGAAGUCGGGUGAACACUAAUAUUGUCUGUUGUCGUAUUUUUAUAAUUAUUCUCGUAUCUUCAAUUGCUUGUAUCGGCUUCUUCAACUUUACUAAAGACUGUACCACGUUUAUGUAAAAAGACCCAUCUUUUACCAAUAAUUCUCAAUUAGCGUUUUUUCUUUCAUAUAUAAAUUAAUUUUAAAACUUAUUUUUAAAUGAUGACAAUAAUGGACGUGUGCUUUAUUUUAGUAUUGCCAGCAUUUUAGCGCGAUUAUACCAUGGCCGUUAGUUUAUUCAGUUUUUUAUUAUUAAAAUAACGUUGUUUGGGUCACAACAGCGUAUAGAACAUUCUUAUUUUAUUAAUGUAUAUUUUGUAUUAGAACACUCUAUAAAAUCCAGUGUAUAUAGUAAUAACAAUUUUACAAAAUUUACCGCCAUUUAAAAAAAAAAACAUUUUUAAUCUGUCGCGAAAAUAGACCAAUCAGUAAAACGGUUUUUUGACAUGCUCACAAAUAAUUUAAUUUGAUUGGUUCAUUCUCAGAAUCGGAUUGAAGAUUGAGAUUGGGAUCGUUUGGUGCAAACUUGAUCUGUUUGCGAUGGGAUGCAAUAGGUUAACCUAAACUAUUUUAUAAUCCUUAGAUUUUUGUUCAUUGUGAGUAUUAUCCCUGAUGAAUGACGGUCGUGCGUUGUUUCUUGCCCUGUUGUUACACAAACAACGAUUGUAUAUUUAAGUAAGUCGUAGCCAAAGACUCGAACGCCUAGUCUCGGUGAUGUGUUUUAUGAGUAUAUUUUAUUCGCAUUUAAUUAUAUAAUCUGUAAGGGACAGUUGUCGGACGAAUGUUACCAAAACUAUAUCAGAAUGCAGACUGACGUGUGCACGUUUUUAACAUAGUUAUUUUUGCUAGAUUCUAGUUGUGCGGGACACGGGAAAGAAAUUAUUUUGGAUGGAGUUUGUGUGUGAAUGCCUUGUUGCGAUUUUUAUGUCGUUACUGAGUCAUAAGAUUUUAUUUAUAAAUAUAACUAAAAAAAUAUACCAAAAUAAUGGUUCUUAUUAAUUUUUUACUGUAAAAUGAAAUAGUAAAGUCAAAUUCGACAAAUUGUAAUUUCGUAAUGUGGAUGAAUUGUAAAAAUGUUAAAUUAUAAUAUGACGUGUUAAUUCGUCAACGUCCAUGCUAAUAAUAAAUGUAUUGAAAAGUAGAGUCCGUGUAAUUUCUAUCGCGUGUCAAACUGUAGUGGUAGAUCAAACCUGGCCUAGAAUAUGAACGAAAGGUUUCAUGACGUCUCGCAGGUCACAAGUACAGUUCACCGCAAUUAUCAUAUUUAAGUCAUUGAAGUGAACAAUAUAAAGCGUACAUAUUCCAAUAAUGUAUGUACAAUAUGUGUUGUUUGUUGUUUAAAUGUAUUUUAUACUAAUUUUUUUUAUGAAUGUUUAUAGAUUUUUUUAUAUUUUAUCAUUUACCUGUGAGACUAUGAGUAUUACAGAGCAGCUGUUAAUGUAAUAACGAUUUAUUUGAUGUUUACAUUUUUAGUGAAUAAAUGUAAUG